AUGCGUGGUUUUAUAAAGUUGAAUCUUUUUGGUCUCUGGCUUCAAACUCGGUGGACGGAAGCUGCUCUAUCACUCCAGCUUCUGGUUGUCUCUUGGCGAAACGGAGCAAGAGAGGGGAAAAAAUUCAACGAUUCUUUAGAGAAGAAGGCGUACUGGAACAGUGAUACCACGACGUGCAUAGCGGACGCGCUCGAGGACACUCGAUUUUACAGACUAUACAAAGAUCUGAUUGCUAUAAAGGUAAAUAAAGAAGAGGAAGAGCGGAAAUCGGUUUACUCGCGCGGAAAAAGCCGAAAUGACCCUGAUAAUUGAAAGUGGCUAACCUUCCAUAGGACGCAUCUUUCCCUUGAAGCGCACUUUACCUCUGUGAAUACUAUUAUUAUUGCCUUUAUUUUAUUCUUAUAUCGCUGCUUUUGAUUCCUAAUGUUUGCCGAUUUUUCCUACCCAUAUUCGCUUGUGUUGCAAUCAUCAACCUCCCUCUUAUGGUCUAUUGUGCUUAUAUGGUGCCUGCAUAAAACAAU